AUGACUGCAGAAGCGCAGCAGGCUCUGUCCUCUCAGCCCCCUCCUCCUCCGGCGCAGAGCAGCUACGGCCCCAUGUCCUCCGUGGCCGAGAAGCAGCCGCAGAGCUCGGCCAUGGACGCCGCCUCCGCGGCGCCCGCCGGGGCGGCCGGCAGCGCCCCGGGCAGCGGCGGCGCCCCGGGCGGCGGCGGCCCCAAGGCGAAGAAAACCAACGCGGGGAUCCGGCGGCCGGAGAAGCCGCCUUACUCCUACAUCGCCCUCAUCGUCAUGGCCAUCCAGAGCUCGCCCUCCAAGCGGCUCACCCUCAGCGAGAUCUACCAGUUCUUGCAGAGCCGCUUCCCCUUCUUCCGCGGCUCCUACCAGGGCUGGAAAAACUCCGUGCGCCACAACCUCUCGCUCAACGAGUGCUUCAUCAAGCUGCCCAAGGGGCUGGGCCGCCCGGGCAAGGGCCACUACUGGACCAUCGACCCGGCCAGCGAGUUCAUGUUCGAGGAGGGCUCGUUCCGCCGCCGGCCCCGCGGCUUCAGGAGGAAAUGCCAAGCGCUGAAGCCCAUGUACAGCAUGAUGAACGGGCUCAGCUUCAACCACCUCCCCGAGAGCUACAGCUUCCAGGGCUCCGCCGGCGGGCUCUCCUGCCCCCCCAACAGCCUCUCCCUCGAGGGGGGCUUGGGCAUGAUGAACGGGCACUUGUCCAGCAACGUGGACGGCAUGGGCCUUGCGGGACACUCCGUGCCCCACCUGCCCGCCAACGGCGGGCACUCCUACAUGGGCAGCUGCACCGGCUCCUCGGCGGGGGACUACCCGCACCACGAGAGCUCCGUGCCCGCCUCGCCGCUGCUCGCCGGCGGCGGCGUCAUGGAGCCGCACUCGGUUUACUCCAGCUCGGCCUCGGCGUGGGCACCGUCCGCCUCGGCCGCCUUGAACAGCGGCGCGUCCUACAUCAAGCAGCAGCCCUUGUCGCCCUGCAACCCCACGGCCAACCCGCUGUCGUCCAGCCUGUCCACGCACUCCCUAGACCAGUCCUACCUGCACCAGAACAGCCACAACGCCGCCGAGCUGCAAGGCAUCCCGCGGUAUCAUUCCCAGUCUCCAAGCAUGUGCGACAGAAAGGAAUUCGUCUUCUCUUUCAACGCCAUGGCCUCCUCCUCCAUGCAUUCAGCGGGCAGCGGCUCCUAUUACCACCAACAAGUGACAUACCAGGACAUCAAGCCGUGCGUUAUGUGAUACGGGGCGGAAAAGCCACCUCCUGGGGCCCCCAAGGCCUGACCCGGGCUCCGAGCCCCCCCCGGGCCCCGCUCGGCGGAAGGGGGUCUCUGCAGACUCGCUUUGUGCGUGCGGCGUAGCCCCAGGGAGCAGCCGGACGCCUGGGACCACAGUGCGCGGCCGGGGACAGACGCGUGCGGGCCCUGGGGCUGCGCCUGCCCCUCCGCUGAGCAUCGGCCGGAGCCGGCUUCCAACACGUGUCUUUAAUCAAAGACGGUCUCUGCCUUCUUCUGCUUCUUCGUUUGGGUUGGGAUGGGUUGGCGAACCGGGAGAGCAAAAACAAAAAGCGGCCCCCAAACCUCGGCCGCCUCCUCCCCGAGAUCCCCACUGCAAUUUUGGGUUAAGAGUUUAACAAAAGAGGUUUUGAUUUUGAUUUUUAAGUUGUUAAUGGAUUUGUCUAAGUCAAAGCAUUAAGCGAUGCCACGACGCCGUUUGGUAGCGGCAGAGCUGACAACGAAAUCCAGCCUCGCCCGGGCCACCGGUGCUGCCGGCUCGGCCUGGGCGCUG